AGCAUAAGAUGAAGAAUCAUUGGCCGGCGAAAUGUUCAAUAGCCACACAUUAGUGAUUUUACAAUUCAAGCGUGUGUAGUGGUAGACUAGAGCAGCAUUAAGUUUUGUGGAAUUAAAAAUGAGGAAAUAAAUUGUGGUGGUUUUACAAAUAUCACUAAGCUAUCUGAGGUGGCAAAUAUCAAUCCCGCUCGCCGAUCCACCACCAGGACCGCUUCCUCCAUCACCUCUCUCUCUCUCUCUCACCUCUUCAGCUCCACAGUCCAUGAGAUAAUUUCUCGUACCCCUUCAAAAUUUCUGAUUUUCGGUGAAUUUUCUCUGAAGCUCGGUUUCGAACUUCGGUUAUCGUGAAGAUGAGCAGCAGCGGGAGGUACUACUGGGCGCAGAAUUGCGGCGACGAGUUUCAAGCUAAAGGAAUAGUCGUGGUUUUCGCGUGGGUGUCGUUCAGCGAAGCUCUGCUGAAUGAUUCUAUCAGCUUCUACUCUUCUCUCGGAUGGAACUCUUUGGUUUGCCGUUCCAAAUAUCUCAAUCCGUUCUUUCCAGAGAGAGCUACAUCCCUUGCUUUUGCUGUCCUAGAAGAGCUUGUCAAGGAGCUCAAAGGUGGAUUAUGUCCUGUAGUACUUGCGGCUUUUGCUGGGGGUUCGAAAGCUUGCAUGUAUAAGGUUUUGCAGAUUAUUGAAGGAUGUUCUGAAGUUGAACUCAAUAUGGAAGAUCGUAGGUUGGUUGCAAGCUGCAUCUCUGGACAGAUCUAUGAUUCUGACCCCAUAGAUUUUACUACUGACUUGGGUGCUCGAUUUGCUUUGCAUCGCUCGAUCCUUAAAAUGCCUGGUGCGUCGAAGCUAGCAUCAUUUUUAGCAAAAGGUGUUACUUCGAGCUUGGAUGCUUUAUUUCUCACCAGAUUCGGUUCCCAACAGGCUGAAUACUGGCAAACCCUUUAUUCCUCUGUGCGUUUGGGGGCCCCCUUUCUCAUUCUAUGCUCAGAAAAUGAAGACACUGUUCCUUUUUCAACCCUAUGUACCUUUGCAAAGCAUUUACUGGAUGUGGGCGGUACUGUAAAGAUUAUAAAGAGGACCGCUGCAUUCCAUCUAGGCCAUCAUCAGCACCAAUCAACACAGUGCACAGCUAUAACCAAGUUGCUUGAGGAGGCAGUUUCAGUUUUCUCGGAAAAAAUUCAGAAUCUUGGAGAAAAAUGCAACAUGGAAGAUAUGCAUGAUGUUAUCUCCCCCAUAAUUUACAAUCUCCAGAACGCAACAGUUGUCACAAAUCCAAAUGACCACUUCUUGCUGCCAAGCUCAUCAGAGUAUCAAAAGAGCACAGAGGAGCUGAAAGACAGGUUGUCGCCUCAUCGGUCAAGCCCUCGUAUGAGCACAAAUACUGUUCUUGGCCAAAUAUUGUUCGAUGCUUGUGUUCCACAAAAUGUUGAAGGUUGGGAUAUUAAGUUCUCAGGAAGUUUGAAUGGAGUACCGUUUGCUUCUGUACGGAGACGCUCCCCCUUUUGUGCAAUGAAACAGAGAUCAAGAUUAUGAGGUAUGGCUACUGUAAAUAGAGGUAAUGCUAAUGCAUGCCAACUCUCAACUAUAAGCCCAGCGAUUUUGAUGGCCGACUGUAUUUCACGCUUUGACUUGCAAUGAUUUUGGUCUGUGUUAACAUUUUGCUAAUUAUUGUAAAUAUAAAUGUUUCUUGUAA